AGAAGCCAAUCAGCGUCGCCGGGAUUAUAUUUUAAAGUCCUCGCCCAUCGACCAAGACGCAGAAUCUCCACAGACGCGCAGGAAAGGGAAGAUGGCGCUCGGAGACCUGCUCCUGCUGCUCUCGGGGACCCUGAUCCUGACAGAGGCCUGGACAAGCUCCCACUCCAUGAGGUAUUUCCACACUGUCAUGUAUCACCCGGGCCGCGGGGAGCCCCGCUUCAUCUCCGUGGGCUUCGUGGACGACACGAAGUUCGUGAGCUUUGACAGCCACGCCGAGAAUCCCAGGGAGGAGCCGCGAGCAUGGUGGAUGGAGCAGGAGGGUCAGGAGUAUUGGGACACUAACACACAGAUUUGCAAGAGCGCCGCAAAGUAUUACGAGCUGGAGUUUAACACCAUGCUGGGCUACUACAACCACAGCAAGGGCGGUUCUCACACUUUACAGAGGAUGUCUGGCUGUGACUUGGGGCCGGACGGGCACUUCCUCGGCGGAUUCACCCAGUACGCCUAUGACGGCGAGGAUUACCUCGCCCUGAAUGAAGACCUGCGCUCCUGGACCGCCGCGGACCCAGCGGCUCAGAUCACCCAGCGCAAGUGGGAGGAGGCCCGUGUGGCAGAGGAACAUAAGGCCUACCUGGAAGGAGAGUGCGCGGCGUCGCUCGCCAGACAUCUGGAGAACGGGAAGACGACGCUGCUGCGCUUAGACCCUCCGAAGACACAUGUGACUCACCACACUAACCCUGAAGGAGAUGUCACUCUGAGGUGCUGGGCCCUGGACUUCUACCCUAAGGAGAUCACCCUGAUAUGGCAACGAGAUGGGGAGGACCUGACCCAGGACAUGGAACUUGUGGAGACCAGACCUGCAGGGGAUGGAAACUUCCAGAAAUGGGCAGCUGUGGUAGUGCCUGCUGGAAAGGAACAGAGAUACACAUGCCAUGUGCAUCAUGAGGGGCUGCCUGAGCCCCUGGCCCUGAGAUGGGAGCCACCCCCUCAACCCACCAUCCCAAUGAUGGGAAUUAUUGCUGGCCUGGUUCUCCUUGUGGUCACUGGAGCUGUGGUCGCUUUUGUCUUAUGGAAGAAGAAAAAUACAGGUGGAAAAGGAGGGAACUAUGCUCCAGCUGCCUGUAGGGACAGUGCCCAGGGCUCUGAUGUGUCUCUGACUGCUUAAAAAGCUCCCUGGAGUUCAAGGGGUCCUGACUUCUCUUUGGGCAACUGGCAUCUAACUAUGUCUAAUAUCUGUGUUCCUGUUAGCGUAAUGUGAGGAAAUGGAGAGAGGAGCACUUCCCAGAUCACUGAGACACUCCCCACACUGUCCUGUUCUCUUCCUCAAUCAACUUUCCUCUGUAGCAGAUGUGAGGCUGGGAUGUCUCCAUUCCUGAUUUAGCUUUAUGUUGCCCUGAGUUGUAGCUUCUUCCUUCCCUAUUGAAAAACAGAAUCUGGAUAUUGGUUUGUAUUUCAAAUUUGUGACAUGAGAUAUGGUCAAUGGGUUAGUUAAAUAAAAGGAAGAUUCCUAAAGUUUCAAAGAGAAAAUAAAACCUGAGCCUGGGGUAGUGGUGCAUGCCUAUAAUCCCAGUGGCUCAGGGGGCUGAGGUAGGAGGAUGGCAAGUUCAAAGCCAGCC